GGGAAGUAACAAAAUCCACAAACUUUGUAGUCUACCUGUCUCUUCUUUCCACUCACACAAACAUGUUUCAAGACAAAACUAAAAUUACCAUGCUUAUGUUUCUGAUCUUCAUCAUAAACAUAAUCAUAGUAACAUCAACAGAUCUUCGACCUGGGUAUUACUCAAAAACAUGUCCACAAGCUGAAACAACUGUGAGAGAUGUUAUGAGAAAUGCUCUUAAAAAAGAACCAAGAAGUGUUGCCUCUGUUAUGAGAUUUCAAUUUCAUGAUUGCUUUGUUAAUGGGUGUGAUGGUUCUGUGUUGCUUGAUGAUACACCAACUAUGCUUGGAGAAAAAUUGGCUCUUUCAAAUAUAAAUUCACUUAGAUCAUUUGAAGUUGUUGAUGAGGUUAAGGAGGCAUUAGAGAAAGCUUGUCCUGGAGUUGUUUCUUGUGCUGAUAUCAUUAUUAUGGCUUCUAGAGAUGCUGUAGCACUGACAGGAGGACCUGAUUGGGAAGUGAGGUUAGGAAGAUUGGACAGCCUAACAGCAAGUCAAGAUAACUCAAGUAAUAUCAUGCCAAGUCCAAGAACUAAUGCUACCGCUCUCAUUACUCUCUUCCAAAAAUACAACCUCAGUGUCAAAGACCUUGUAGCACUCUCAGGAUCACACUCUAUCGGCAAAGCUCGUUGUUUCUCAAUCAUGUUUCGGCUAUACAAUCAAUCCGGUAGCGGAAAGCCUGACCCUGCAAUUGAUCAUGUAUUUAGGGCAGAGCUUGACAAGCUAUGUCCUCGAGAUGUUGAUCAAAAUAAGACAGGAAACCUUGAUGCAACUCCUGUGAUUUUCGAUAACCAAUAUUUCAAGGACUUGGUUGGUGGAAGAGGAUUUCUCAACUCUGAUCAAACACUUUUCACUUUUCCUCAAACAAAGGGGUUUGUGAGUUUGUUUAGCGAAGAUCAAAGCGAGUUUUUCAAAGCAUUUGUUGAAGGAAUGUUGAAAUUGGGUGAUUUGCAGUCCGAUAAGCCCGGUGAAGUCAGGAAGAAUUGCAGAGUUGUCAAUGCUCGUCCUGCUCAUAUCAUGUCUGAAGACAAGAUGAAGAAUAGCGAUCUAUCGGUAUAAAUUACGUGGUUUUAUUCAAAGACUUUGGAUUAAUAAGACGCUAUUCUAAUUUUCAAUUCUUGAAACAAAUCUAUGAAAAAUUCAAUGUAUCGCGUCAUUGCGAAUUUUAGUAUAUGAAGCAUCUCAUCCCAAUUAAUAAGA